AUGAAGUUUUCAGUACUAGUCACUCUUUUACCCCUCCUCGCGAUCACUUCGGCUGCUCCAGCUCCGGUUUCCAGUUCUUCUAGCGUCAAAUCAUCGACCUCAUCAUUAGGCAGUACUAGUUCCAAAGCUAGUACUACCAGCAACAAAGUGACAUCUUCCUACGUCCCCAGUAUGUCUCUUGCAAGUGCUUUGGUCACGACACCUUUGGUAGUUCCCGCACCUUCGACUAUCAAAGCUGCAUCUUCAUCUUUGUCCAGCAAGGCUGCCUCUUCCACGUCCACCAGCAAAGUCGCUUCUUCCAGUUCAACUAGCAAAGCUGCUUCUUCUACUUCGACUAGCAAGGCUGUCUCUUCCACUUCGAGCAGCAAAGCUGCUUCUUCAACUUCGACUAGCAAGGCUGUCUCUUCCACUUCGAGCAGCAAAGCUGCUUCUUCAACUUCGUCUUCCGUUGUCAAAGUCACUUCGAGCUCCUCAUCAAAGCCAGCGACUUCGACCUCAACUUCGAAGGCUUCGAGUAGCACAAGCAAAGUAAAUUCGAGUACUAUUUCUUCCAUUAUUAAGACUGCAUCUUCAAGUGUUUCAAGUAAAGCUGGUUCUUCUACUGCUAUUAAAUCUUCAGCUUCAAUCUCCUCCGCCUCUAAACCUUUAUCUUCCACCUCUUCUUCUGCCCCUAAGUCAUCUGCAUCGUCUUCCAUCAUUCUUUCCAAAUCGACAUCUGUCCCCGCCAGCUCAUCCUUAGUGUCUUCGAUAGCUAAGGCAGCAAGCUCUUCAACAAUGAAGACAUUUUCUUCAGCUGCCUCAGCUUCUGUUACUAAAGCAUCCUCAGUCAUGCUUCGAUCAUCCACAAGUGCUAUCAAGUCAUCUUCUUCCGCCAUCAAGGUAGCAUCUUCGAUCUCUUCGUCAAUCUCGAAAGCUUCCUCUUCGACAAUCAAAGCUUCCUCAACUACAUCGUCAUCAACCAGUAAACCUGCCUCUUCUACCAGUACGUCCAAAGUGUCUUCAAGUACCAGCAAGCCCUUGACGUUUACAAGCGUCUCCUCAGCUUCCAAGGUAGCUUCAUCCGCCUCUUCCAGUAAAGCGUCAACCACCACUGCCGCCGCUGUUAGUCAAAGCUCAGGUGGAAUUGGCUUGGGCUUGACUUCAGCAAGUUACUCUAAGCUCGCCAACACCAAAGGCUUAGGAUGGUACUAUAACUGGGGUAUCACACCAUUCACUAUGGGAUCUACGGAAUACGUUCCUUGCAUCUGGGGAGAAGGAACCAUCGAUUCUUGGGACGGUACUUUACCCAGCGGUUCCUCGCACAUUCUGUCAUUCAACGAACCCGAUCAAGGAUGGAGUGCAGGUGGAUCCAACCUGAACAGUACUUAUGCUGCUACAUUGCAUCAGAAAUGGACCAGCAAGCUCAAAUCAAAAGCCGUCAUCGGCUCUCCUGCUGUGGCUAGAGGUGGUGAAUGGUGGUUCAACGCAUGGUUACAAGCUUGUAAUGGAAAAUGUUCAUUUGAUUUCGUCCCCAUACAUUUCUAUGGCACCAAUGCGGAUGACUUGAUCACUUACAUUAAGAACUUCCCCGCUCAAGGAAAACCAGUCUGGUUGACAGAGGUCGCAUGUUUAGAUUUCUCUUCUGGACAAGUCUGUGAUUUGGCAUCUGGAAAAGCGUUUAUGCAAAAAGCAAUCACUUGGUUCAGAAGUGCUGAAGGUUCUAAAUACGUUGAGAGAUGGAGUUGGUUCGGUGCUUUCCCUGAUGUCAACGACAAACCUUGGGGAUUAGAAAAUUCAGAUGGUACUUUAAAUGAUUUAGGCAAAUAUUACCUUACUUUAUAA